AUGGUUAUGAGAUGAAUGGUUUUAACAAAGCUCUUGAGGAUUGACAAUUAGAGGACCUUGGUUUCUAUGGUAAACCUUAUACAUGGGACAAUAACCACAAAGAUGAGACGUUCUUGGAAGAGAGACUGGACAAGAUGGUGGCAACAGAGUCAUGGAGGAGACUAUACCCUGAUGUUGGGGUUUAUCAUCUUAGAUGUUGUAGUUCAGACCACAACCCUAUCCUACUGAAAACGAAUGUGUUAGUGGAGGAUGUGAAGUGGGGUUACUAUUUUAAAUUCGAGGCUUACUGGCAAGAUCAUGAGGACUAUAAGCAGGUCAUUAAAGAUGGAUGGGAGGCGGCUGGGCAGAGCUCUGUGGCGGGGAGAAUUAGAAUGUGUGAUGAAAAGCUGCGAAACUGGAGCAAACAAACUUUUGGUAGUCUGAGAGCUCGAAGAAUUAAAGCUGAGAAAGCACUGGAAAAGAUUGACAAAAUGAGAAAAAAUGAGGCAAUACUGGCGCAACGUCGUGUGUUGGAGAAUGAACUAGAAGAUAUUCUACUUCAAGAAGAGUUUAUCUGGAAGCAACGAUCCAAAAAUUACUGGCUCAAGCACGGGGACAAAAACACUAAGUUUUUCCAUCGAAGAGCUUCAGACAGAAGAUCCAAAAACAUGAUAAAAAAAUUAAAGGAUGAGGAUGGAAAGAUCUGUACAGAUCAGGAGGAUAUAGCGAGAUGUAUUGUUAACUUCUACAAGAAGCUAUACACUUCUGACAGGAGAUCUGGAUCUAAUUCAGUGAUAGAAGCAGUACCACAGAAGGUUACAGCUGCUAUGAAUGAUGAGCUACUAAAACCAUUUACAAGGGAGGAAAUUUGAGAGACAUUAAAAGUUAUGGGACCGCUUAAAGCUCCUGGAGCUGAUGGUAUGUCUGCCCUUUUUUUCAGAAGAAUCGGGAUAUACUGGGAGAGGUAAUCACUACUGAGCUACAAGGUUAUCUGGAAGAGGGCAGCUUCCCACAAGAAUUGAACCAUACCCUGAUAGCCCUUAUUCUAAAGAAGAAACACCCCAAACCCCU